GCUACAAUACUGUCAAAAUGUAGUAUUUAUAAAAAUAAAAUCGACACGUUUGAAGGUUUUUUGAAAAACGACCCAUAACAAAAAUAUGAAUUGAUAAAAUGGUUUAUGUUUAUAAUUUUGACCAGUGGUGUGUUUCUCAUAACAUUUUCCGAUUUUUUCAAAUUUAAAAGUAAUCCACGUUCUGUGUUUCACCUACAAGAAAAUGAAGAAAAAAAUCGCACAAAUCAAAAGCGUUUAUUAAGUAUUAAAAAUAAAUUAAUAGUUCCAGGGACCAAAUGGUGUGGUAUUGGAGAUGUUGCGAUUUCAUACCACGAUUUAGGUUUUUUCAAAGAAACUGAUCUUUGCUGCAGAGAACAUGACUCUUGCUUGGAAUAUAUUUCCGUAAAAGAUUCGUUGCAUGGAAUCACCAACAAAAAUCUUUUCACUGUUUCACAUUGUAACUGUGAUGAAAAAUUUAGGAAGUGUUUAAAAACUGGAGGCAAUUUUUUAAGUGAACUUUUAGGAUAUGGUUAUUUCACUAUUAUAGGACCGCAGUGUUUUAGGGAAGAUUACCCCAUAGUCAGAUGUAAAAAACACGUUUAUGUCCAACCGACGAGUAAAAAACGUGCAAUUAAAAGAUGUUUGGAGUAUAACCUAAAUGAAAGUUUACCAAAGAAAUAUCAAUUAUUUGACAAUCGGCCUUUUUAAAUCCCUAUCUAAUAAUUAGUUUGUGAUAUUUUAUAUUUCGCUACUAGAAAUAAAAUUAAAUUUUUUUGUAAAUCAUGUUGCGGGAUAAAAUAGAUUACAAUAUUUUGCUCUCUACACAAAAAUAAAUAAGCAAAAGUGUGUAGUUGUUAUGUUGAAAAGUAAACCACUAAAAUCUAUUGUUUUGUUUACAGUUUGUUACUUUAUUUUCAUAUUCCACAGUUUUAUUGUUAAAUAAACCAACAAAAAAUGGGCAAUUAGUGAGUUUUUUGGUAGUAAAGAAUACAAAAGUGUUAAUUUUUCCCGA